CAAUAGCCCACACCCAACGUACCCUCUCCCUCUAUAUAUUCUCUCCCCUUUCUUUUAAUUACUUAUCGUAAGUCAUCGUCUUCUAAACACUCUAUCAUGCAUCUUCGACGUCUUUGGACCGUCGCUGCUCAUCGAUAACGCCCUCUUCGUCGUCGUCUGCGAGAGCGACCGCGGUACUUUGUUUGUUUGGCGAUCAACCCCCUAUAAUAUCGCGUCGCGCGCCCUGAUCAAUGGCCUCGAGCGCACCUCUGCGUCUUCAACGACCCGUAGAGGCGUCGGAAUCCAUCCUUGGGCGUCGUCGGGCACCUCUGGGCGUCGUCGGCGUCGGCGUGUCUCACUCUCUCCCCGCCUCCGAAACUCGGUUUACUGAUUCAUCCUCUUUCCCUCUUUCCACCCUCUCCAUCGCGUAUAUACAGAUGCCCAAGGACUCUGCUAAGCCCAAGCGCAAGGCUGCUGAGAAGGCUGAGAAGGCACCCCGCGCGGCUGCCUCCAAGUCUAAGAAGGACCCCCUCAAGCCCAAGCGGGCUCUGUCUGCCUACAUGUUCUUCUCGCAAGACUGGAGAGAGAGGAUCAAGGCUGAGAACCCUGAUGCUGGCUUCGGUGAGGUCGGCAAGCUUCUCGGUGCCAAGUGGAAGGAGUUGGAUGAGGAAGAGAAGAAGCCCUACAUUGAGCUCGCCAACAAGGACAAGGAACGGGCCGAAAAUGAAAAGUCGGCGUACGACAAGGGCAUCAAGAAGAGCCGGGCCAACUCUGGAUCUGGUGAAGAGGAUGAAGAUGACGAGUAGUUGACAUAUUCCGUGACGCUCCCCACCGCCGCGCUCCGCUACGACGGUUAUAUCCUUGCUUUGUUACCCUUGCAUUUCGUUUCCUGUGCUUUAGUGUGUACUAUUUCCUCUCUUUUUUCGUGUUGUGCAGUUUUAGGGCCUCUGUUCGCCGCUGACGUUUGUAUUAUCUGCCUGAGCGUGGUUACUGUUAGACUAUAAUGCCGUCGUCGCUGUUCUAAGUUCAGCCGGCGCGCUGCUGCUGUUACGAUUUACCGGUUGUUCAAGCCCCCUUAAUAUUACCAUGCCAUGUUGUAAUAAUUGUGUGUAGAUUGUAAGAGCAGCAAUUAUCAUUGUUUUCCUAUCCAAAA